UUAGGUGUAGAUUUGACGGUUUUAGCCCGUGGCGCUGUCGUGUUUGUGCGAUGUCGCUGCAAAGUGCGUUGUUAGGCCUGGUUGUUGGCGCGGAUGAAAGGUUAGCUUAUAUUUCUGAUUCUAAGAGGAUAACCAAAGAUACACCCAAAAGUUAAGUAGAUUUGGGGAAGCCUACCCCCCAAGUGGCCACCAUGGGGGACGACAGUGAGUGGAUGAAGCUUCCCAUUGACCAGAAAUGUGAACAUAAGGUGUGGAAGGCACGUCUAAACGGUUAUGAAGAAGCCCUAAAGCUCUUUCAAAGAAUAGAAGACGAGAAGAGUCCAGAAUGGGGAAAGUAUUUGGGACUCAUAAAGAAAUUUGUCACAGAGUCGAACGCCGUGGCUCAGCUCAAAGGCUUGGAGGCGGCCCUAGCCUUUAUUGAGAAUGCCCAUGUGGCUGGCAAAACUGCUGGAGAGGUGGUGUCUGGUGUUGUCACCAAAGUGUUUAACCAACCAAAAGCUAAGGCUAAGGAGCUUGGCACAGACAUCUGUUUGAUGUACAUUGAAAUUGAGAAGUCAGAAAUUGUUCAGGAUGAACUGAUCAAAGGCCUCGAUAAUAAGAACCCCAAGAUUGUGGUAGCCUGCCUUGAAACUCUCAGAAAGGGGCUAAGUGAGUUUGGCUCAAAGAUUGUUACAUUGAAACCAGUGGUGAAGAUUUUGCCCAAACAGUUUGAAUCCAGAGAAAAGGCAGUGAGAGAUGAAGCAAAACAGCUUGCCAUUGAAAUCUACAAAUGGAUCAGAGAUGCUCUUAGACCUCCUCUGCAGAAUAUCAACUCUGUGCAGCUGAAAGAGCUGGAGGAAGAAUGGGUGAAGCUGCCCACUGCUCCACCCAAGCAGAGCAGGUUCCUUCGCUCCCAGCAGGACAUGAAGGCCAAGUUUGAACAGCAGCAAGCUCAAGGAGAUCAGUCAGACGGGGAAGAAGUUGAGGAAACUGCAGCAGCAGUUGACCCAUAUGAACUGCUUGAGGCUGUAGAUAUUCUUUCCAAGAUCCCCAAAGACUUCUAUGAAAAAAUUGAGGCUAAGAAAUGGCAGGAGAGAAAGGAGGCUCUUGAAGCUGUGGAGGCCUUGGCCAAGAAUCCCAAACUAGAAAAUGGAGACUAUGGUGAUCUUGUUAGGGCAUUGAAAAAGGUUGUGGGAAAAGAUGCGAAUGUAAUGUUGGUAUCUAUGGCAGCUAAAUGUCUAGCAGGCCUGGCCACAGGUUUAAGAAAGAAAUUUGGGCAAUACGCUGGACAAGUAGUGCCAACUAUUCUUGAAAAAUUCAAGGAGAAGAAACCACAGGUGGUACAAGCACUACAGGAGGCAAUUGAUGCAAUUUUUCUCACUACUACUCUCCAAAACCUGUCUGAAGAUAUAUUAGCUGUAAUGGACAACAAAAAUCCCUCUAUAAAACAGCAAGCCUCUCUAUUUCUUGCACGUUCUAUAAGACACUGUACCCAGGCAACGUUACCCAAGAGUGUCCUUAAACCCCUUUGUGCAGCUCUCAUUAAGCAAGUGAAUGAUUCUGCUCCAGAGGUGAGAGAUGCUGCUUUCGAAGCUUUGGGUACAGCUAUGAAAGUAGUAGGUGAAAAGGCUGUCAAUCCUUUCCUCGCUGAUUUGGAUAAACUGAAACUGGACAAAAUUAAAGAGUGCGCUGACAAAGUGGAGCUACCUGGAGGAAAGAAGGGUGCUGGUGGAGGAGGUGCAGCAGCAGAGAAGAAACCGGUUGCUAAAGCAUCAGCUCCUGCUGAGGCUCCUCCCAAAUCUGCUGCACCCCCCAAGAAGUCCACCGUGUCUGCCACCAAGCCCAGUGCAGGUCCACCUAAGAAAGGAAAACCUGCAACUGCUGCUGCUGGGAAAGCCAAGAAGUCCUCUGAAACAAAAGAGUUUACCGAAAGUGAACUUACGCCGGAGGCCUGUGAAGACCUGGCUAGGGGUGUACUUCCAGCCUCCUGUCUACAGCAGCUAGACUCUGCAAAUUGGAAGGAGCGGCUUGCGAGUAUGGAAGAUUUCCAGCGCGCUGUUGAGACUAUGGACAAAGCUGAUAUGCCUUGCCAGGCCUUAGUCAGGAUGUUGGCGAAAAAACCAGGCUGGAAAGAAACAAACUUUCAGGUCAUGCAAAUGAAGCUUCACAUUGUAGCACUUGUAGCUCAAAGAGGGCAGUUUUCAAAGACAUCUGCCUUUGUGGUUUUGGAUGGAUUGGUGGAUAAAGUUGGAGACAUUAAAUGUGGUGGAAAAGCUAAAGAAGCCCUUACUGCUAUUGGAGAGGCAUGCUCUCUUCCUUGGACGGCUGAACAGGUUGUAUCUAUGGCAUUUGCCCAGAAGAAUCCAAAGAAUCAGGCUGAAUCACUGAACUGGUUGGCUAAUGCUAUUAAGGAGUUUGGCUUUACUGGAAUUAAUGUGAAAGCAUUCAUUAAUAAUGUGAAGACUGCUUUGGGGGCAACCAACCCCGCUGUGAGAACUGCAGCCAUCACUCUGCUGGGAGUCAUGUACCUCUACAUGGGAGCUCCACUCAGGAUGUUCUUUGAAGAUGAGAAACCUGCUCUCCUCUCACAGAUUGACGCUGAAUUUGAAAAGACUCAGGGCCAAACUCCACCAGCCCCAACCAGGUUUACAAAGAAGGCAGGGGGAGCAGUGGAAGAAGAGGGCGAGGAUGCAGAUGAGGCUGAAGAAGAUGGUGGCAAACGGGACAUUAUGGAUCUACUGCCCAGAACUGAUAUCAGUGAUAAGGUUACCUCUGACUUGGUGUCUAAAAUUGGUGACAAGAACUGGAAGAUCAGAAAGGAGGGCCUGGAUGAGACGGCAGCCAUAAUCUCUGAGGCCAAGUUCAUCACUGCCAAUAUUGGGGACCUGCCAUUGUCUUUGAAAGCACGACUCGGUGAUUCAAACAAAAUCCUGGUCCAGCAGACCCUGUCUAUCUUACAGCAGCUUGCUACAGCAAUGGGGCCAGGACUGAAGCAACAUAUUAAAGCUCUUGGCAUUCCUGUCAUCACAGUAUUGGGAGAUAGUAAGGCUAAUGUCAGGGCUGCUGCCAUGACCACCCUGCAGGCCUGGGUGGAGCAGACUGGGAUGAAAGAGUGGCUGGAGGGAGAGGAGCUGUCCGAGGAGCUUAAGAAGGAGAACCCCUUCCUCCGACAAGAGCUCUUAGGCUGGUUGGCAGAGAAGCUCCCAAGCCUCAGGACCGUGCCAGGGGAUCUGAUGUUGUGUGUGCCCCAGUUGUAUGUGUGUUUGGAGGACAGAAAUGGGGAUGUCAGGAAAAAAGCCCAGGAUGCUUUGCCUAUGUUUAUGAUGCAUUUGGGUUAUGACAAGAUGAAUAAAGCUACCGGCAAACUCAAACCUGCUUCAAAAGAUCAGGUGGUAGCCAUGUUGGAGAAGGCCCGAGCAGUAAUGCCUGCCAAACCUGCCCCGCCCCCUAAAGCCGCUGGAAAAGAAAUGAGCAGAGCACCCUCUGCUUCCAGAAGUCAGACUGAGGAAGUUGAUAGUAAACCAGAACCAAAGAAAGUUAAAGGAGGUGCACCUGCUGCUAGAAAGCCCCCUCCCCCUCCUGAAGAAGCUCCAAACCCCCCUCCUUCCUCCAAGGACAAGGACAGUAUUGCUAGUAAAAAGCCUCCUGCUAAAGGGAAGGCUGCUGCUGGCGUUCAGCAGGGGCCUGCUGCCAAGAAGCCAGCAGGCAAAGCCUUAAAGGAUGAAGAGGACAAGUCUGGGCCAAUUUUCAUUCUUAUUCCUAAUGCAAAGGAGCAGAGAAUUAAAGAAGAAAAACAGCUGAAGAUCUUGAAAUGGAAUUUCAUUACUCCUCGAGAUGAAUAUGUUGAGCAAUUGAAGACGCAGAUGUCCACCUGCUUUGCAAAAUGGCUUCUUGAUGAGCUUUUCCACUUUGACUUCCAGAGACAUGUCAAGGCCAUUGGUGUCAUGAUUGAGAGGUUAGAGAGUGAAAGUGAGGCCACAAUUGGCUGUUUGGACCUGAUCCUGAAGUGGUUCACUCUGCGCUUCUUUGACACAAACACCACAGUGUUGAUGAAAGUGCUGGAGUAUCUGAAGCUCCUUUUCUCUAUGCUCACCUGUGAAAACUACCCUCUGACAGAAUAUGAGGCCAACUCAUUUGUGCCCUACCUCAUUCUUAAAGUUGGAGAGUCUAAAGAUGUUGUACGCAAAGAUGUCCGUGCUAUACUUGGCAUGUUGUGUAAGGUCUAUCCGGCUUCCAAGGUGUUUCCAUUCCUCAUGGAAGGAACAAAGUCCAAAAACUCCAAACAGAGAGCGGAAUGUCUGGAGGAGCUGGGCUGUUUGAUAGAGGGCUUUGGGAUGACCGUAUGCCAGCCCACCCCUGCCAAGUCUCUGAAGGAGAUUGCUGUUCACAUUGGUGACAGAGAUACCUCAGUUCGGAAUGCAGCUUUGAACACUGUUGUUGCUGUGUAUAAUGUCUGCGGUGACCAGGUCUACAAACUCAUCGGAAAUUUGUCUGAGAAAGACAUGAGCAUGCUGGAGGAGAGGAUCAAGCGCUCUGCAAAGAAAACUGUUGCAGCUCCUGUCAAACAGAGUGCCCCAGAGAGAACACAGAGGGAGAACCCAGCCAACCCCAAUGGCACUUUCCUCCGCAAGCCUGCCCAGGAAGAUCCCAAUAAACUUAAUCAAUCUCGUCAGAAUGCACACCACAGCGACCACCCCUCUAUCCCCAAAGAGUUCCAGUUGGACUUGGACAUGAUUGAAACAGAUAAGAACAAUGUCUGCGAGCUGCCAGACCUGGUGCAAUUCAAGCUUGAUGAACUGCUGGAACCAGUCAUGAUCCCUGAGCCCAAAAUGCGCCCAGUCUCUCCUCAUUUUGAUGACCUACACAACAGCACAGCCUCCACUAUUAACUUUGUAAUUUCUCAAGUGGCCAGUGGAGACAUCAACACCAGCAUUCAAGCACUGGCACAGAUUGAUGAGGUGCUGCGUCAGGAGGACAAAGCAGAGGUGAUGUCAGGACACAUUGACCAGUUCCUGAUCGCCACCUUCAUGCAGCUCAGACUUAUCUACAACACGCACAUGGCUGACGACCGGCUGGACAAAAAAGACAUCUUUAAACUGUACAGCUGCAUCAUAGGAAACAUGCUGUCUCUCUUUUCAAUGGAGUCCCUGGCCAGAGAGGCAUCGAUGGGAGUGCUGAAGGACCUGAUGCAUGGGCUCAUUACACUGAUGCUGGACGGUCGAGUGGAGGACAUAGAGGAGGGGCAGCAGCUGAUCCGCUCUGUCAAUCUCCUGGUGGUCAAGGUGCUGGAGAAGUCUGACCAGACCAACAUUCUCAGUGCUCUGCUGGUACUGCUGCAGGACAGUUUAGUCACAUCAGCAGGAUCGCCAAUGUGCUCGGAGUUGGUCAUGAAGUGCCUGUGGAGGAUGAUCCGCUUCCUCCCAGAGACCAUCAACAGUAUUAACCUGGACCGAAUCUUACUCGAUGCCCACAAUUUCAUGAAGGUUUUCCCCAAAGAGAAACUGAAGCAGCUCAAGAGUGACGUGCCGCACAGAACACUCAAGACUUUGUUACACACGCUGUGCAAACUCAUGGGGGCCAAGAUCCUGGAUCACUUGUCAAUGAUUGAAAAUCGUAAUGAGUCAGAGUUGGAGGCUCAUCUGAGGAGAGUAGUCAAACACUGUGGAAACCAGUCCGGCCCCAAGAGUGACAGAGGGAAUGAGAAGUCUGGACUACGAGCGGAUGAUCGCAUGUCAAAGGCAAAGGUUAGCGACAUCUUGUCUGAAAUCUUCAAGAAGAUUGGGUCCAAGGAGAACACUAAAGAGGGCCUGACAGAGUUGUACGAGUAUAAACUGAAGUACUCUGAUGCUGACGUGGAGCCCUUCCUGAAGAAUACCUCUCAGUUCUUUCAGAGCUAUGUGGAGCGAGGCCUCCGGAUGAUCGAGUCCGAGAGAGAGGCUAAAACACGCAUCCAGCCAUCAUCAGUGAUGCCCCAGCACAGUGUUGAUUCAACUCUUGGCAGUCACAAUGAGGAGCUAAAACCUGCAGUGUACUAUGAGAGACUCAAGAUCCUGCGACAGAGACAAGGCCUGGAGAACACUAGAAGCAUCGGAGGAGAUGAUGAGCCUCAGCAGCGCCCCCUCCUGUCCAAACCCUCUGUAGCCUCCUCCACAGACAUGCUCCAGAGCAAACUAUCCCAGCUCAAAGAGUCCAGAGAGCUGUACCAACAGGAGCACAACUCUCAUUCCCCCACACACGCACGCUCCUCCUCUCCCGCUCCUAACCUGGAUGACCUGAAGAAACGCUUGGAGAGGAUAAAGAACAACAGUAGGCAGUAGGACCACCCCACUCAUCCUCAGACACCGAGGCAUUCUGUUAAUAAACUCACUGCUACCUGUGUAUUACAAGUCGGGUAGAUGUGCCACGUGUUUGAGCCUGACUCCGCCCACCGUGCCUGUUCACUAGUAUGCAUCUCCAUUACCGGAUGUUUUAUGCACGUCUACAUCUAAAGAUAUCCAAACAUCAUAUCCUAACUCACACGACCAUUUUCAUACUUGAGUACUUUCUUCCAUUAUCAGGGCUAAAGACGGUAAUUUAUUAGUUCUCAUCUGAACCUUAACUUGCCUUCAUUUCCUUGUCUUUUGUUUUUGAGUGUUUUUGACUUGUUAUCUAUGUUCUAUUUCAUCUCCUUUUAACAGACAUCCAUGUUUUUGUCAUGGCACAAAACAUUGUAUAUAUUUAAAGGCUCUUAAUUCCACUUUAGCCGUAAAAAAUCUUCUCAACAUUUUGCAGUUUGGGGUUUUGAGCCAUAUUGUAUGGCUGAAUUGUUGUAGAUGUGCACUUAAUUUGUAGACUUUUUUUCUGAUGCUCUUGAGGACGACCAUGGUUCUCAUUUCAACCACUUUGUUUUUAUGUAAUUUUAUUGUAGGAUCAUUGGCACACAUUUCCCAGAGGUCAGUGGUAGCCAUUUUAAUUCAUAAGUGGUAUCUCGCUUGGCUGUAAAUAGUGUAUGUACGAUUUGGCUCUCUAACAUUGAUCAGGGCCCAGAGCUGAACCAGGUCCUAAGGUUCAGCUGAAGAAUCCACUGUGUUCGUAUGUACGUCCAAGAGCAUGCCAUGAAGUUGGUCAUUGUUUUUAUUUUCUUGUAAAUAAAAGUUUGCUUACUAAAAUGCUGCUCAUUAAUAACAAAUUCCUUGUUUUUCUUACCAAGAUGACAGCAGGGGCUCUGUCCAGUCAUCUGUUCUGUAGCUGAAUGUUGACAAAGGAAAACAGAUUAAAUAACUUGUUUUGUAUUUAAUUCCAAUGUCAGUCAUGUCUUACAUUUGUUGCUCCGGUUUCCUUGUAUAAUCCAUAGUGUAAAUGGCAAUAAAGUCAUGUUUUUUGACUA